AUGGACCACCAGUUGCAGGACAACGGCCAGUCGUCGGCUGCUGCUGGCCAGCAGGAGCAGUCUGUUAUAAAUCAAGCGCACUCGCCGUCGCCGAACCAAUUUGCGCAACCCACCGACUCCAACAUUGACCUGUCUCUCGAUCAGCAAACACAACAGCAAUUUGCCGCCGAUUCGAGCUUCGAUUCAUCCUUUGCCGAUAGCUUCAUGACGUCCCAGACCGCCCAGCAGCAGUCGCAGUCCUUCCAAGCCGACGCCGUCAACCCAGCCGCCUUUGACCCCUCCGUCGGCUUCACACAGCAAGCAGCAUCUGGCGCAAACAACCUGGCCUUUACGUCCCAAUCCCAGCAGAACUUUCUGGCACCCAGCCUCGACGCCGACUUUUCCCUCUUCCCAGCCUCCAGAAACCAGAGUGAACAUUUUAACCAGCCGCUCUUCGAGCCCUCUAGUCUCAGUCCGGCCGAUCUCAAUAACAUGGCUUCUCCGCAGUCUCAGCAGUCGCCCAGCUCGGCGCAGCAUUCACCAUCCUUUACUCAGCAUCAUCAGUUCUCCUCGCCCCAUGUCCACUCCAGAAACGUUUCUCUUGGUCCAGAGGCAGCCCUUCUACCUGGUCAGAUUAACGAAUGGAGUGGUGCUCAAUUCACUGGCCACCGUCGUGCACCCUCCGAGUACUCUGAUGUAUCUUCUGUCACACAUUCGCCUAAUAUGAAUGUGCAUGAUAGCUUCGAUAAUGGCGCCAGCCACUCGCCUUUGCAACGACCUUCUGACGGCAGCAUGUAUCAAGAGGUCCUUGGUAUUGGUUCCUUCAACCUUGGCGAUGGUCGCAGUCCCUCUCAUAGCCCUGCCAUCAGUCCUCGCAUUGGCUCUCAGACGCUACCAGACAUGCAGUUUCAACCAUCGCCAAAUACUGGCUACAACAUACCUGCCUACCCUAUCAUACAAGAUCCUUGCGGCACUUUUGUUGGAAACAGCCAGGACAUGCCACAAAUGGCCCCUGCUAUCAACAUAGACUUUGCGCCUACCAGCAAUGCUAAGCUCGGUGGCUUUGAUGCCACCAAAUCUCAGCUGGAUCAAGACUCGCUACUACCGCCAGAUAGAGGGCGUCCCAAAUCGCGCCCUCGGUCAGUAACAGACCCCUUUCGGCCCGGAGCUGCUGCAAAGCCUAGACCGAGCAGUGUCAACGCCACACUUGGCUCCAAUUUAGCUUCCCGCCAAGAAGUCUCACGAUCUCUCUCGCCUGCAGACCGACAGUCCUCUGCUACCCGCAGACGGCAAUCCACAUCCGCAGUGCCAAACAAUGUCAUUGCCUUGCGCCUGGCUGAUCCCGAAUACCAAGGCGGCUCAGAAGGUGGUGGACCGAAGCGAGUGCAGAAGCACCCUGCCACAUUUCAAUGCACCCUGUGCCCGAAACGUUUCACUCGAGCUUACAACCUACGCUCCCAUCUGCGAACACACACAGACGAGCGCCCCUUUGUCUGCACAGUUUGCGGCAAAGCGUUUGCAAGACAACACGACCGCAAGAGACACGAGAGUCUACAUUCUGGUGAAAAGAAGUUUGUCUGCAAGGGUGAGCUCAAGGCUGGAGGUCAAUGGGGUUGUGGACGGCGGUUUGCGCGUGCCGACGCCCUGGGUCGUCAUUUCAGGUCCGAAGCGGGGCGCAUCUGCAUCAAGCCGCUGUUAGACGAAGAAAUGAUCGAGCGCCAACGGCAAUGGCAAGAACAGCGCAUGCAACAAGACAUGACUAGCAUGGCUGGUCCCGGUAUGGCAAUAGACGCCAACACAGGCUAUCCCGUCGAUGGCAAUGGACACUAUGCAUUGCCCGCAGCUCUGCUAGCGCAAUAUCCCGCACUAGCAGCGAUGAAUUGGUCGGCGCCGGAGAUGAGUGGUAUGGAAGACGACCUUAGUGGACGUUCGUCUUUUGAUGCCAGCGACUACGACGACGCCGACGAUGGAGGCUACAUAAGCGGCCCAAAUACAGGUUAUGGCGAAGGUGGCAUGGCGCAAAAUUUUGGCGAAGUAGGUUAUAGCAGUGACAUGGGCGGGCGUUGA